ACAUUUCAAGAGGCAACUCUCAUGUUGUUAUGUUGUCUCUGUUUGGACAAUUGCCAAUUCUGCUCCACUGUCUUUGUGCGCACUUCGUUCUGCACAGUCCCCCCUCCGUCCUAUUUGGCUAUGGCAGAGUAGUGACACACACUCGGCAUGCCCUCCCCAUAUUUGUUUGACAGCUCUAAAAAUAGUUCCCCGGACCAGUUUGGCCUUAUCAAGUUCCAGCUGACUUCUACAACUGAUACAGGCAGGGGGGAUUUGUCAGAAACUAGAAAAAAUCGAGGAGUUCUCUCAUCGUGGAUCCCACUUCAUCUGACCUGAUGGAGGAAACUGUGAUGGAGGAACCUAUCUGUGAAGAAGCCAUAUUGGCUGAAGAAAUCCCAGAGGUGAAGCCCACAGCAGUGGUGAAUAAGAAUGGUGUGAAAGCGGAGGCUGCUACUGCUAGUGGGGGUGUUGCUAGUGGGGGUGGAGGUGCUGCUAGUGGUUUUAGCGGCACUAAGAUUUUCACCUGGUUCAUGGUUCUGGCUUUGUUGGGGGUGUGGAGCUCCGUGGCCGUGGUGUGGUUAGACCUGGUGGACUACGACAACGUCAUUGGUAAACUUUCAGCGUAUGACGCAGAUGGCGAUGGUGACUUCGAUGUGGAGGACGCCAAAGUACUACUCGGCUUGACCAAAGAGGGCGGUGAAAUUACUAAUGAAAACGCAGAUUCCCUAGAGGAAAUCUUCGGUAUUUUAGCCGAGGAGGGCUCAGAUUGGUUUCACGGCUUCUUCACGUUUCUCUAUGACGUGAUCACUCCUCCCGUAGAGAAGGUGGAGGAUCCAGAGAGUGAGACAGCAGAGGAGGAGGGUGAUGCUGACGAAAAAGAGGGCAAAAUUGCUGCUCCCAAAAAGGAAACGCUGAAAAAAGAGGACAAGAAAAAAGCUGAGAAUAUUGUAGAGGUUCCUGUUCCAAAAACAGAAAAGACAAAAGAUGAGAGUCCUGGAGAGGUGGCUUCUAAAAAGAACAGAACAAAAGGAGUGAAGGAGAGGCCGGUUUCUCUGGUGCAGAAGGAAGCCAAGGAGGAAUCUGCUGUGGAAGAACAAACCGAGCCCAUUGUGGAGGAAGUCAUCCAGACAACAGAGGGGACUGAGGAAGAAGAGCAGCUUCCACCGAACCCAUCACAGGAGCAGCAGGCUCCUGAAGGUGAGAGUCCGGACGCAGUGGGAACUCCAGACAAAUUAGAAGAUGCAACUGAGGAAGCUUUUGAGGGGAAACUGGCGGUUGAGGCUGAGGCUGCUGUCCAGGUAGAGGAAACUGCUGUCCCUCUCCCGCCGAUAUCAGAUGAUUUUGUCCCAGAUGACAGUAGAGAUGAAGCAACACAACCUUAUGAAGAGUCAAAGCAAUUUACUGACCGGCCAGGCUCCCAGGAGACACGGGAAGCAGAGGCUAAAUCAGUCCCAGAACCGGAGGCUAACGUGGAAUCUGUUCCGGAACUGGAAGCUGUCCCACAACUGAAAGAUGAAGCCGUCCCAGAACUGAAAGAGGAGCCAGUGGCAGUAGAGGAGGAAACAACACAGGAAGAUUCAGAAGCACCUGUUGGCGUUUCCCAGUGCUUCCAGUCAUUCAAGGCCACCUCAAAGGCCACUUAUGUGACUGUCAUUUCUAUGGAGGGCUUCACCUGCAUGUCUAGGGUUGUGUGA